AGAGAGAACUUCAGAGUCAGAUGGACACACACAGAAAGGUUCUCAAGAGAAGACCCAGACUCAAAGCAGUCAUGAGGAAGGAGGAGGACUACACCAAAAGGGUUCACCAGAGGAAGAAAGAGGAGGACUACACCAAAAGGGUUCACCAGAGGAGGAGAGUCAGACAGUGAAGCAUGGUCAAGAAGAGGAAACACAGGCAAAGACGGAUAAACAACAUUGGGAAAUACAAACAGAGAAAGCGAAACUGGAUAACGAAAUACAAACAGAGAAAGCUAAACUGGAUAAUGAAAUACAAACACUGAAGCAUAAACAGGAGAAGGAAAUUCCGAUACUGAAGGAUAAACUGGAAGAGGAAACACAGACCGUGAAAAUGAAAGAAGACGAGGAAAUGCAGACUGUAAAAGACAAAGAGAGAGAGGCCAUGAGGGCAGCAGAGGACCGGCCAGACGAGGAAAUGCAGACGGUCAAGAAUGAUCAGGAGGAAGAUACGAGGGUAGUUACGGAAGAAGACGGAAUGCAGACUUUGAAAGAUAAACAAGAGAAAAUGCAGUCGCAGAUGGACAAAGAUGAAACACGUCACAGUCCAGACGUACAAGAGGUCCAGAUGAGCACGGGUCAAGAGGUCCAGAUGAACACGGGUCAAGAGGUCCAGAUGAGCACGGGUCAAGAGGUCCAGAUGAGCACUGGUCAAGAGGAAUGGGAAGGGCAGACAGAGCAGGGGCAAGAGGAGGAAAAAGCACAAACAUCACAGGGUGAGAGUGAAGAGGUUGGACAGACAGAAAUGAAACUAGUUACAGUUACCCGCAAAGAGGUUUCAAACAAAGAUGACUUGCAUACAGACCGAGGUGAACAGGAAGACGGAGUGCAAGCGUGCAGCAGACCAGAGGAGGAGGGGCAGCCUGACGGGGAGGAUGUGGAGAAGAGUGAAGACGACAAAGAAGAAACAGACGUGUCAUCACUUGGCCAGGACAUGAGGCCGCAAGACUCGGCAUCCUCAUCCUGCACACCUCCUCAGGCGUUCUUGAACUUUGACCUCAUGCCUCCUCCGCCACAGAGGUCACUGGACACGGAGUGCAGCUCCCCAACGGAGAACUCACAAACAGAUGUUGGACCCCUCGUGCAAGGUGACGACCACCACAGUCCUCUCAAGGAGAGGCACAGCGACGCCCUGACCGCAACAAAACAAACCAUUCAAGAUCAAGAGCGACCGCGAGAGACAGAGGUGAUGACGGAGGAUACGGAUGCAAUGGAGGGACACUCUAAGUCCACGGAUCAGGAGACACGGGAACACAUGGGAGAGAUCGAGAGCAGGAAGAACCUUCAAGAGGAGGCUUCUGUUAACACCCCAACGACAACAGCACAAGAGAGAUCUGCUCAUCAUUUCCCAGCAGACCACAGUUGA